AUGGUGUACGUUCGACUCCACUUGAUAGUCAGAGAUAUUUUGUCGUCUCUUGGUCUUUGGAAUAAACACGGUAAACUGUUGUUUUUGGGUCUAGACAAUGCAGGUAAAACUACGUUGCUUCACAUGUUGAAAAAUGACAGACUGGCCACUUUACAACCUACUUGGCACCCUACUUCCGAGGAAUUGGCCAUUGGAAACAUCAAAUUCACCACUUUCGAUCUUGGUGGCCAUAUCCAAGCCCGUCGUUUGUGGAAGGACUACUUCCCUGAGGUGAACGGCAUUGUCUUCUUGGUGGACGCGGCAGACCCCGAAAGACUCAACGAAGCGCGCGUAGAGCUGGACGCUUUGUUCAAUAUCGCAGAACUCAAAGACGUUCCUUUCGUGGUUCUGGGCAACAAGAUUGACUCGCCAAACGCCGUCUCUGAGACUGAAUUGAGAUCGGCUUUGGGCCUAUUGAACACCACUGGUGGUGCCAGGAUUGAGGGCCAAAGACCUGUGGAAGUGUUUAUGUGCUCUGUGGUGAUGAAGAACGGAUAUUUGGAAGCCUUCCAAUGGCUAUCUCAGUACAUUUAG